GCGGGGUGGGUGGGGCGGAAAGAAGGACUGCUGAGGAUGUUGAUAACCGCCCUCUUCCCCUCCCUCUUUCGCCUACCUGGGUUGCUCUCUGGCUUGGCAGCUGCUUGUGUUUGGUGACGAACGGUCCACCCGGAAGUUUGUGCUCUCCCCGUCUCCUGCCCUCCCCCGCACGUGCUCCCUCUUUCUCUCGCCCGGUUCUCUGCCCAGGUGACUUCUGAACCUGGAGCAUCUUGUAAAGCCUGUUAUAUUAAGCCUCUGAUGGGACGGGGCCUGACGGCUCCUAACGUCUCUGACAGUUCGCUGUUCUCCUUGCCAGAUGGAUCCUCUUGCUCCAGAGCCAUGGAUCCUUGGGGAGAAAGCAGAAGGACAAUCUUGACUUUCUACAUUUGCAGUGGCUAUCUCUAUUUCUCUCUUUUCCUCCAAAUCUUCUUUACAAAGCAUUUCUUGAUCUCAACUGCUGCAGAUAAAUGGAACAUUGGAGAAAGAUGUCUUGUCCCUGCCACAGAGAGUGGAAAGUUUUGUGAAGCAACAGUGAAAUCCGUCAUGACAGAUGAAAAUGGAAAGUCGUUUGCACUUGUAUUAUUUUCAGGUUCAUUGGAAAAGAAAGUACCUUUAAAAAAACUCCAAAAAAUAACACAUGAUAAAAGUCCUUCAAGAAGUUUUAUGUUUGAUGAUAUUGAUUUGGAAAAGCCUUAUUUCCCAGAUCGAAAACUUCCUUCUCCUACUGUUGCUUUUAAGUUAUCUGAAGAUGGGAUCUGUAUUCCAUAUACAAUUAAUAGAUAUUUGCGUGACUACCAAAGGGAAGGAGCCCAGUUUCUAUAUGGACACUAUUCCCUGGGAAGAGGAUGUAUUCUUGGUGAUGAUAUGGGACUUGGAAAAACAGUACAGGUAAUUGCAUUUUUGGCUGCAGUACUGCGUAAAAAGGGUACACGCAAGGACAUUGAAAAUAAUAUGCCGGAAUUUUUGUUAAAGAAUAAGAAAAAGGAAUCUUCCAUUUCUGCUCCAAAGAAGAUGUUUUUGAUAGUGGCUCCGCUUUCUGUACUUUAUAACUGGAAAGAUGAAUUGAACACAUGGGGAUAUUUCAAAGUCACAAUUUUACAUGGUAACAAAAAAGACAAUGAGCUGAAUCGUAUCAAGCAGGGAAAAUGUGAAAUUGCUCUAACAACUUAUGAGACCCUUCGCUUGUGCUUAGAUGAUCUGAACAGCAUAGAAUGGUCUGCUAUUAUUGUAGAUGAAGCCCACAGAAUCAAGAAUCCAAAGGCGCGGGUAACAGAGGUUAUGAAAGCUUUAAAAUGUAAUGUCCGUAUAGGUCUUACUGGUACCAUUCUUCAAAACAACAUGAAAGAACUUUGGUGUGUUAUGGACUGGGCUAUGCCAGGACUUUUAGGUAGCAUGACUUAUUUCAAGAAGCAGUUUUCUGACCCAGUGGAGCAUGGACAGCGACAUACUGCUACCAAAAGAGAGCUAGCUACUGGCCGAAAGGCCAUGCAGAGACUAGCAAGAAAGAUGUCUGGCUGGUUUCUGAGGCGUACCAAGACUCUGAUCAAGGAUCAAUUGCCUAAGAAGGAAGACAGAAUGGUUUACUGUUCUCUGACAGAGUUCCAGAAGGCUGUUUAUCAAACUGUACUAGAGACAGAAGAUGUAACCUUGAUACUGAGAGCUCGAGAACCCUGUACCUGCCACAGUGGCCGUAAAAGAAAAAAUUGUUGUUAUAAAACCAAUUCAUAUGGAGAAACAGUGAAAGCCCUAUAUUUCAGUUAUCUUGCAAUCCUACAAAAGGUAUCUAAUCAUGCUGCACUGCUCCAGGCCAGUAGUAAUACUAGUAAACAACAGGAAACGCAUCUGAAAAGGAUAUGCAAUCAAGUUUUUUCCAAAUUCAAAGAUUUUAUGCAGAAGAGUAAAGAUGCAGCCUUUGAAACUAUUUCUGAUCCAAAAUACAGUGGCAAAAUGAAGGUUCUUCAGCAGCUUUUAAAUCAUUGCAAAAAAAACAGAGACAAAGUUCUUCUUUUUUCCUUUUCUACCAAGUUGCUGGAUGUUUUGGAACAAUAUUGUAUGGCCACUGGGCUAGAUUACCGAAGACUUGAUGGAAGUACCAAGUCAGAGGAAAGGGUUAAGAUAGUGAAAGAAUUCAACAGCACACAAGAUAUUAACAUUUGCCUCGUCUCUACAAUGGCUGGUGGACUUGGCCUCAAUUUUGUUGGUGCCAAUGUAGUUGUAAUCUUUGAUCCUACCUGGAAUCCAGCCAAUGAUCUUCAAGCCAUUGACAGAGCAUAUAGGAUUGGGCAAUGCCGAGAUGUAAAAGUAUUUAGGCUGAUAUCUUUAGGGACUGUGGAAGAGAUCAUGUACUUACGUCAGGUAUAUAAACAGCAACUGCACUGUGUGGUGGUUGGGAGUGAAAAUGCCAAGAGAUAUUUUGAAGCAGUUCAAGGAUCAAAAGAACAUCAAGGAGAACUUUUUGGGAUCCACAACCUCUUCAAACUAAGAUCUCAAGGAUCCUGCCUUACAAGGGAUAUUUUAGAGAGAGAAGGCCAAGUGGAAGCAGGGGUCAUGACAGCCACUACAUGGUUGAAAGAAGGACCUCCAACACACAAAUUAGAAAUGACUGAAGAUCUUGAAUGUCAAGAACAUAAAAAACAAGGACAAUCUGAUGAAGUACUGGAAAAAGAAGCAUUUGAUCUCUGUUGUGAUUUUAGUGAUGAGGAAUCAAUGGGAAGCUCAAGGACAAAAACUGCUAAAAACAAAAUUUCUGAUAAAAAUAAUACCGCAAUUUCUCCUGGACAGCUUACUUUGCUUCAGUGUGGUUUUUCUAAAUUUUUUGAGGGAAAAAGUGACUUACUUGAGGAUUGUGAUGGAAAUGUUGAUUCUAAUGAUGAAAGUUCAGAUGAUCAAUCCUUGUGCCAUCUAGCAGAACCAGCAGAUAAUAGGAUGGUUGACUAUCAGAAGAGUCAGAGCCCUCAUAAUACUUUGUUGCAUCAGAAAAUAACCAACAACCUAAACCAAAAAGAAAAAUUUAAAUAUCAAAGGAGGCCAGAAACUCUAAAAUACAAUGUUUCUUCUGAUUCUGAUAGUGAAAAAGACUUAAAAAAUAAAGAGGAACAGCACUUCACUUCACCUAAGACCACAGAGACAGAAGAUAGUUCAGAUGAUAGUGAUAUCAUCUUCCCAACACAACUUGUAACUCAAAAAUUGCUUUCUUCUAAGAAUUAUGAACAAGUCUUUGUUGUAUCUGAAGAUUCCAAAGCAGAAAGCCCCUUUAAAAUGACAACCAGUGUUGACCAUUAUUCAAGUUCCAAAAAAUCUGGCUUCAGUGUAAAUUAUUCAACUUAUAAAAAAAUAGACCAUCCACAGAAAUCUAUAAAGGAGACAAAAAAUGUAAGUGAUAUUAGUGAUGAAUCCGAUGAUAUUGACAUAUCCUCAGAAUCAAGGAUAAGAAAGAAAACAACUAGUUCUAUUAAGUUUAAACCAAAAAAAGGAAGCAAAAUGAAACUUCAUGACAAAUUAGAGGUGUACCAGUUACAUUCAUCAGAUUUAGAAAGUGACUCUCACAGUAUAAAUGAUUUUUCAUCUUCAGGUGAUGAGUCAACAGUGAGCAAAAUCACUUUCUCCAAACAGAGUCAUAGGCAAAAUAGCAAGAAAUGCAAGCUUUCUUUCUCAACAGAAUCUCCUAACUAUAACAAGAAAAAUAUCAACUUUUUACAAUGGGAACCCAACGUACUUUCAAAUGAAGAUGGUGACAUUGUUCAAGAACAGAAAGGCGAAUCCAUGGAUAACUUUUUAGAUGGUGUUCAAGAAGUGGCUUAUAUCCAUUCCAACCAGAAUGUGAUUGGAUCAAGCAAAGCAGAAAAUCAUAUGAGCCGAUGGGCCACACGUGAUGUGUUUGAAUUGAAGCAAUUUUCCCAGCUCCCUGCUAACAUAGCAAUAUGCAGCCCUAAGACAUGUGAAAGGAGAAAGAAAAAUUCCUACACAAAGAUUCUGGAGAAAGAACAGCAGCCAAAUAAGGAAAACCAGUCACUUCCUCUUUAUAUUACACAUCCUGUGAUUUCUAAAAAGAAAGAUAUAUACCACGUAGACCAGACCACUUUCAUAAUGGGAGAGACUCCAAAAGGAAUCCGAAGGAAACAGUUUGAAGAAAUGGCUUCUUUCUUCACUUUGUCUUCUACAAAAGAAUUUGCUGAGCUUAUAACAAGUGCCACAUCAGAAGAACGCCAGAAAAUGCUAAGAGAUUUCUAUUCUUCCAGAUAUCCAGAAAUAAAAGAAUUUUUUGCAGAUCAUGAUUCAGAAUUGCUCAGAUCUAAGCAUGAUGAAGGAGAUAGUGUUAAGACUAAAUCGAGAAAGAGAAAAUCCUAUCAGGAAAAAAAACUGUCAGAUAUUGGUCCUUCAGUGAUUAAAGUUUCUACAAGUAGGACUAUACAAAAUUGCAGUCCAAAAAAACAUAAAGAAAAAGUAAAUAAGUUUAAAAAUGAUCAUUCCUGUGGAGAAGUUUUGUCUAAUGAUGCAGAAAAUAAAGAACUAUCCAGUGGUUUUAUCCAAGACCUUGUCAGUGAGAAAAAGAGCCAAGCAUUCAAAGAUACUUCAGUAUCCAACUCUUCAAACAGUAAAUCUGAAAUAUGUAAGAGAAUGUUAGUAAAUACCGUCAAGGACCAACAGGACUUUACAAGAACAGACUGUUCAAGAAGUGAACCUCUUUUGAAAUUUGAAAACAAAAAGAUAGAAAACCAGGCGUUAGAGGACAAUACUGUGGUGGACUUACUUGGUGACACCUCCAUUCUUGAUGACCUCUUUAAAAGUCACGAGGACAGUCCUACACAGUUGCCAAGGAAAGCUCUUUCAAAGCCCGAGGAAAAACCAAAGCAGCGGCCAAGGGAUUUCUGGGACAUAUUGAAUGAACAGAAUGAUGACAGUCUUAGUAAAUUCACAGACUUGGCAGUAAUAGAGAUGUUGUGUGAAAAAGCUCCCCUUGCUACAGCCACUAAACAGAAUGAAGAGCUUGAAAUGUCUCUUUGGAAAUCAAAUGAGAAUUUUUUGUGGAAAAAAAGUGAUCCAAAUGAUUCACAUGGAAGUGUACCCAGCAAAUAGAAUGAUAGGCCUAAAAAAACAAGUGAAUUGAAAAGCUAGUAGAGAUCAGCUAUCAACAUUUGUAUUGGGAUGAAAUACUAAAUGUUAUUAAUUGAAUUCAUUUCUGAAAAAUACAUUUAAUUGAACUCUG